AGGCUCUGGUGCUUUGGGAGUUAUUGCCAGGGUCUCAGGCCAAGGCCGCUACAGGGAGAAAGACUAGGCCGCCGUCCCUGCAAGCAAACAUAAGACUUUCCUUCCAUUUUCAACCCUUCCGUCUUUCAGAGUCUUCCAAAUGCUGCCUCUGCUCGGCCUAGCUCUUUCCUUGCUAGCGCUGCCUGCCUUCUGCGAUGACACGGUGGCCGACGACAUCGGAGCCCACAUGAUGGCUCGCAUCUCGGAACUCCUCUCACCGGAGGAGUGCCAGGCCUUCCACCUCAAACUCCUGGGCCCCGAGGAGAACGUGAACAACGAGCUGGAGCGCCUCUCCAAGAAGAACAACCCCAUUGACCGCCGCCGUCGCCGCCGGGACGUCAUCACCACCGCCCAGUGCAAAGAGACCCUGCGGCACUGGCUGGAGACGGAGGGCGACACCAUGUACUGGGAUCGCCUGUCCCGAGCGCUCCAGCUGAUCGGCCGUUCCGACGUCUCGCUCGAACUGGGCAAGAACCUCAAUCAGGACAAGAACUUGGAGAUUAAGAAGAACGUGGAGGAGUACCACCAGACGGUGAAGCACCUGACCUCCUCGCUGCUCCUGGAGGAGAGCCCGGAGGGGAACGCGCAAGGCCGGCAGCGGCGCGAAGGCGAGGGCGAGGGCUCCGCGGCGCACCUCGAGCAGGGAGAGCGGGACGGCCUGGAGCUGAUCAUCGAGCGGAAGCCGCUGCCGCCCUACAACAGGAGCCUCUUUGAAUGGGCCACGCCUGUGGUGACGGGGGUCCUCAGCGGCUUCCUGACGUCCUUCGUCCUAGCAGCGCUGGCGCUCUACUCUUUUGUCUGGAUCCUGAACGAAGGCAGCCCCGACUCCGCGCGUUCGACCAAGGAGCCUUUGCCCGCGAUGAUCUUCCGCCCUCCUCCCACCAGCCGCGGGGGCGUCUACUACACGUUUCAGCAGCUUGAAAAAUACGACGGGCAGACAGGCGAUGAUGCAGAUGAGGACGAAGAAACCUUGGAUUAAGCCGUAGCCAGUCAAAGCCGGCUUCUCUUCUCAAAAAUGGAAACAAUAAAGCCGGCGUGUUUAUUUUGCACA